GAGCGCGGCUUUUUGCUCGCCGGUUUCGGGGGACCGGCUGUGGAGGCGCAACAUGGCGGACGUGCUAAGUGUCGGCGUGAACCUGGAGGCCUUUGCCCAGGCUAUCAGUGCCAUCCAGGCGCUGCGCUCCAGCGUGAGCAGGGUGUUCGACUGCCUGAAGGAUGGCAUGCGGAACAAGGAGACGCUGGAGGGCCGGGAGAAGGCCUUCAUUGCGCACUUCCAGGACAACUUGCAUUCGGUCAACCGGGACCUCAAUGAGCUGGAACGUCUGAGCAACUUGGUCGGCAAGCCUUCUGAGAACCAUCCUCUCCAUAACAGUGGGCUGCUAAGCCUGGAUCCCGUGCAGGACAAAACGCCUCUGUACAGUCAGCUUCUUCAGGCCUAUAAAUGGUCAAACAAGUUGCAGUACCAUGCAGGUCUGGCAUCUGGCCUUUUGAAUCACCAGUCAUUGAAACGCUCUGCUAACCAGAUGGGAGUAUCUGCUAAACGUAGACCAAAGGCUCAACCCACGACUCUUGUCUUACCGCCUCAGUAUGUUGAUGACGUGAUCAGCCGCAUUGACAGGAUGUUCCCUGAAAUGUCCAUCCACUUAUCCAGACCCAAUGGAACAUCCGCCAUGCUUCUGGUGACCUUGGGGAAGGUGUUGAAGGUGAUCGUCGUCAUGCGGAGCCUGUUCAUUGAUCGGACGAUAGUGAAGGGGUAUCACGAAAAUGUCCACACGGAGGACGGCAAGCUUGAUAUAUGGUCCAAAUCCAACUAUCAAGUGUUCCAGAAGGUGACAGACCAUGCCACCACCGCACUGCUCCACUACCAGCUGCCCCAGAUGCCCGACGUCGUGGUCCGGUCCUUCAUGACCUGGCUAAGAAGUUACAUAAAGCUGUUCCAGGCCCCAUGCCAGCGCUGCGGGAAGUUUCUGCAAGAUGGCCUUCCCCCCACGUGGAGGGAUUUCCGAACCCUCGAAGCCUUCCACGACACCUGCCGACAGUAACCCCGCCCCAGCCCCUGGCCAGCCCACAGACCCCCAUGCAGCACCUUCCAGACGAGCCCCCAGCCAUAGUGACGGCUCAGGCGUGUCUUCACGGCCCCGAUAGCAAUACUGCCGCCCGCUCGCUUCCGCAAAACAGCGCCAAGGCCGAGCUUCUCGAAGAGCAGACUCUAUCUCCGUUGACGGGACUGUUACACACGUGAGCUGCGUGUGGAAGGCACAGGCACCACCUUAGGAGUCCAUGUCAGGAAGUUAAGCAGCGUGUUCUCCCGUGUGUGUUCUCAGUACUAGUCCACUGACCCCGCUAGAUCCGUGUUCUAAGUCAUUUUAUAGGUGGAAUGAGCCCUUGUGUCGUGCCCAGUUUUUUGUUUUGUUCCAUAACUUAUUUUUAUAAGCAAUAAACCUUUUGUAGCCGGGA